UGAGUGUGCAGCUCAUAAGUGACUCCCAGGAGGUCAGGUAUUGCCCCUCAGGCGAACUUCACAGAGCAGUAGAUGCUUCUUCUAAAGGAAAGUGAGGUAGAGGGUGAGAUGGAGAGAAGAGCAGAAGCUUCACUGAAACCAGUACACCCUCCAAGAACCAGCAGGACCAAGAAGGAUACCACACCGAUAGCCAAAGAGAGAGCACACAAGGCCAGCAGGUCAGUGAAGCUCCAAGAGCCUCCCAGGAGGAAAGAGAAGACGAAAAGACAGGGAGAGGAGGAAGAAGAAGAGAGAAAUGAUGGUGCCGUUGUGUCCAGCAGCACCGUGGUUAAUGUGGACAGUGUGAGAGAGAGGACUAAAGAAGAGAGAGAGGAGUUACUGGGUCUGUUGGAGAGUGAAUGGCAUGAGGAAGCCCUGAAACCACGAAAUCUUGGAGUCUGUGAGUUACUUCUCACUGUUGCAGUUCUUGCAACAGUCAUCUUGUUCUUUCCUUUAUCAAUAUGGUUCUGUGUAAAGAUUGUAAGAGAGCAUGAGCGUGCAGUGGUCUUCAGGUUGGGGCAUCUGCUGCAGAGGAAACCUAGAGGGCCAGGGCUGCUUUUUUACCUCCCAUUUUUGGAUGUUUGUCAAAAAGUGGACAUUCGUCUGAAAAUGUUAAAGGUUCCCUCUCAUGCGGUGGUGACUCAGGACCUGGUUUGUACGGAGGUGAGCGCAGUGUGUUAUUAUCGCAUUGAGAACUUGACAGUGUGCUGCUCCACCUUGGAUGGAGUCCCAGCCGUGCUCCAGGCUCUGGUGCAGGUGUCAGUCAGGGAGGUGCUGGCUCAUCACACCUUCACCCACAUACUGCAGAACAGGAGCACAGUGGCCCAGGAAAUCCAGGUUGCGCUGGAUUCCAUUGCCUGCAGGUGGGGAAUUAAAGUGGAGAGAGCUGAGAUAGAGGAUGUGUUUCUCCCACCUGAGCUUCAGCAGAACUUUGCAGUCGAGGCUGAAGCCAAGAGACGGGCUCAGAUCAAAGUGAUUGCUGCAGAGGGUGAGAGGGCAGCAUGUGAAGCUCUAAAGGCCUCCAUCGACUCUCUCUCUGACUCUCCUCUGGCUGUCCAACUGCGGCUGCUCCAGCUCCUGCACACUCUGCGCUCCGACCAGCCUGCUGUGGUGCUCAACCUGCCAUCUGACCUCCUCAGCCAAAACAUUCAGCUUCCAGAUCCAGCCAACCUCACCAAUCCAAACCUUCCUACUGGUGGCGCCUCCAAGGAAGUAGAUAAAGAUUCCCCUAUGAUGUAGUGAUUUAACAAUGCAUUAGAAACACUAGUUUGGACAGCAAUGGAAAACAAUGUGUGAACAAUGAUGCAUUAUGGUGUGUUUGUAUCAUAACUAAUAGUAACCAUACAAUCUGAUUGGAUAAAAAUGUGUUCUGUGUUUUUAUAUUUGAUUUUUCUCAACAUAUCAGAAUCAUUCUUUUGACCAGCAGUUAAUAAGUAACAAUGAUAGAUAGUUUAUAGAUAGGGUGUCUAAUAUAAAAAUAUAGGUAGCACCUUAUAAGUAGGGCACAUUAGCAUAUUUUACUGACAAUAAGGUACACCGGAUUAUAAGGCGCAUUAUCAAUAAUUGUCUAUUUACCUAAAAAAAAUAUAUAUAUAUUUUAAAGUCAACCGAGUGCUGAAUGUUAAAUCUACACAGACACACUCUUCACUCUACACUCUUCUGCAAACCAUUUAUUUGGGUGAGAAAAGAGCUUACGUUUAAUUAACUACAGUAAGCUUAGAUUUCCAAUAUUUAGCAGCAGCACUUACUGCUAGUAAAUGCCGCCCGACAGCGCUACACUGACAAACCCUGAGUGUUCCAGUAAGCCAGUGUGCUUAUAACUACUGUUAAGUACUGCAUUUGUAUUGUGUAUCAUGAAAAUGUUUUUUUUUUUAAAUAUUUUGAUAGAAUAUUUUUACCAUACUGCCCAUGCCAGGUUGGAGGUGGUGCGUUAGGGCAGGAAAUAUUGGAAAUAUUGCAAUUAUGCAGCUCAAAGGGCUUCUCCAGGACCAUGGAUUGCAAUCACUGGUCUAGAUGAUCAUGCUAGUUGAAUAGAUGUUUUAAAAAUCACCAACUAUACAUCACUUCCAUAGCAAAUCAAUCAUAAUCAUUAUAAUUUUCUUAAACAGUGCUGUUUAGUGCUAAUUGAUAAACGCAACAUCAUACUUUAAAUGAUAGCUAAACUGACUCUAAAUUAAACAUGGCUUCUUAUUCUACAUUUUUAAAGAGGACAAUAAAUACUUUUACAAAUAAUGCAGACACACAAGAUCUAAAUUUACAUCACGUCUCUAAAUGUGGAUUUUUUUCCCAACAUGGAACAAAAGCAGCAUGAACUUUUAUUGUUAUAUUCUGUUAAAUAAUCUGUCUUUUGCCGUCAAAAUAUAUACUUUACUUACUCUCAGUGUGGAUUGCUGCUGUAAAUUUUCCAACUCCCCACUGCAAUGAGUGUCCUGGUUGACUAGUCAACUAGUAUUUAAUUGCUUAAGUUCAUGACCCUUACUGUUCAUUUAUGUUUAUUUAUGCAUAGUAAUUAUUGCAAGAAAAAAAGUUUCCUCAUUCUGUAUUGAUUUGAUGGUGAGUUUUAUUGUG